GGCGAGCAGAGGGAUCACGUGUGGAGCAGAGAGGGUUUCUACGCCAUCGCGCUCUUCCUCACCAUCUUCAUCAUCAUCAUCACCUGCUUGAUGGUUUUGUAUCGGCUCAAGGAGAAGGUCCAGUGUUCUGACAGACAGCUCAAAGCCCCGCCCCCCGACCUGCACCUGACCCCGGCCGCUCCUCCCGACUCCGCCCACAAGUCAAAGGGCGCCAAGGUGCUGACGUCAGGAAGCAUGGUCCAAGCCGAGCUCCCGCCAGCUGUAGCCACGCCCACUCCCCAGCAGCAGCCAAUCGUCGCCUGCCGCCACCCAGCCCCGCCCUCUGCCCCUCUGCCAAGCCCCGCCCCCAUUCCUGUUGUCAACGGCAACAACAUCGCACCCCUAACCAGCGUUGCCACAGCGACUGCCAAUCACGAACUGAAGCCCUGCCCCUCCCCCUUCAGGAUGAAGCCUGCCGCCGGCCUGCAGGAAAGGCGUGGCUCUAACGUCUCUCUGGUGUUGGACAUGUCGGCUCUCGGUGCCGUGGAGCCCCUCAGCGUUGCCGUGGUAACGCCCAGGGAGGCGGUGGCCAGGGAGUACCUGCUCUCCGCCGGCCGGCCAAUGACACGACAGCAGCUCCGCGACGUCAUCAAGAACACACACACACUGCACGCCGAGUUUGCUGAGAUUCCCAUGAAUUUCGUCGAUCCUAAGGAACUGGACAUCCCGAGUCACGGAACCAAGAACCGAUACAAGACCAUCCUGCCGAACCCUCACUCCAGAGUCGUCCUGAGGUCCAAGAGCUCCAACGACCCCCUGAGCUCCUACAUCAACGCCAACUACAUACGGGGUUACCUAGGCGACGAGCGGGCGUUCAUCGCCACGCAGGGCCCCAUGGUGAACACGGUGAACGACUUCUGGCUGAUGGCGUGGCAGGAGGCGGCGCCCGUCAUCGUCAUGAUCACCAAGCUGAAGGAGAAGAACGAGUGUGGGAACCAGAGCCGCGUGCUGCAGCAUUACUGGUACACCUCGUGGCCCGACCACAAGACGCCCGACUCCGCCCUGCCGCUGCUGCAGCUGAUGAGCGACGUGGAGGCCGACCGCCACGCCGCCGCCGCCGGGCCGGUCAUCGUACACUGCAGCGCUGGGAUUGGCCGGACGGGCUGCUUCAUCGCCACGACGAUAGGCUGCCGGCAGCUGCAGCUGGAGGGCGCCGUGGACGUGCUGGGCAUCGUGUGCCAGCUCCGAGCAGACAGGGGCGGGAUGAUCCAGACAGGUGAGCAGUACGAGUUCGUCCAUCACGCCCUGAGCCUGUACGAGGCCCGCCUCUCCGCAGGAACCGGCCAAUGAGCUUCCACCGCCGCAGGAAGUGGCCGCAGGACGCCUCGGCGUUCACCGGGAAAAGUGCUGACACGGCAUUUCUUUUAGCGGUUAGCGGCUAGCUACCUGGGAAAACUCUGCUGAUUGGUGAGUUCUGAAGGAGGGGGAGGUCCCCCGGCCAAUCGAGACAGUUGUGGGCGGAGCCUGCCGACGGGCUGAACAUGGAAUGUAUCCGCUCUUCUCCGCUUCCUCCUCUUCUUCUUCUUCUUCUUCUUCUGCUGUUUGUGUCGUUUGGCGAGCGGCUCGUCGGAGGAGGACCCGGAGAAAGACCCGCCCACUUCAGCGUCUCCGAGCCAACCGGAUGUUGGGUGGUGUUGUUUUUAACCAAUCAGACUGUCCCGUCCCUGCACUCUUCUCACUCUCACCUCGUCGUUUGGACCGACGGACUGAAGUCGACGGUUGAAUUGUUGAGUCGUGUUUUUGUGUCUUUUAGGAUUCUGAGGUCAUUUUCAACACGACGUGAUGUCGUCAUGUGGAGAGGGUUCUGGAAAUGACUGUUGGCUGGUCGCACCUUUAAUGAAGAAAUUUUAAAAAUGUAGUGUUACCCCUUUUAGCCAAGACACCGUCCUCACCUCUGGACGUCCAGCAUGUCCUCAUUCCUCAUUAUUUACUCACUUUGACAGAGCCAGGCUAACGACUCCCAUAGAGUUCAAGUCAUUAUGCUAAGCUAACAGGAAAUGCUAACCCAUAGGUACUGAACCAGUGGACGUCCAGAGGUGGAGGCGGUGUCCAACAUCUGGUCUCAGUCUGGGGACGUCGGGGAAAGGGAAACUUUGAGUGUUCUUUCAUAUAAAAGCUAAUAAACUCAUGUCGUGCUAAACACCAUGCUAAUGCUAAACAAUGUGACUCUAUAAUGCACCGAUGCCAACCCCCAUAGAGGAUCAUUGUAACUUUAAUGCUAUAUGCUAACCUCAGUGGAUUAAUGCUACCCGAUACACUCAUGCUAUCACUUGUAAGCUAGGCCGCGCUAACCAGUGCAAACUAUUCCCUCACUAAGUCGAACAGGAAACCAUCAUCCACCUAAGAUGGUUCUGUAACACAGCCACUGUGAAAUCACUGAUCAAUAACAGGAAUCAUUGGGAUCGGAGCCUGAGCCACUUCACUUCCUUGUUAUGUCGUAAUUAGGCAGGAUUAUUAUGAUGAUUAUUGUGUCAGAAAUACCCUCCUGAUCCCAGAGGGGGAGCUCUUUUGGAUAAAAUAUUAAUAACUUUUACUUGUGACCUUUUAGACGUUGACCUAGUUGUAUUUCAGGGAGAUUUACCCAGAAAAAAAUCUCUUUUUUUUGAGUCGACUUGUUGAGCGGGGGACAUAAACUGUGGCUCAUUUACUAGAAAAACCCACCAAAAACACGUUGCCCGGCGCUGCUGACUGAUCUGCUGUUUGCCUGAGAGAUUUCCUGACGCUCGGUUUCAGAAUUUUUUCUGUCGUUCUGCGUCGACGACGUCCUGCUCGUAACACGUUGCUUUAAACCAACCAACCAACCAAACAAACAAACAAAAAAGUCUGGAUGGUGCGCUCAUCUCAUCGACGUGCUGCUGUAAAACGUUGUUUAUCCAGUGAGUCCUGACAGCUUUAUUUUUGUACUGUUUUUACAUGCAUCCGACAGGCUGACGCUGCAGAACGUUCAUGAUCACUAAAUUAAAUCAACACAAGCUCCGCUAUGGAAAAUUUAAGCUCCGUCCU